UGUUUCCUUUCUUCUUUGCAGCUUCGCUGGGUUCUCUACCAUGAGAAAUCAUAGUAUUCCCACCAUCCUCAUCCGUCUCUCCCUCAUCUUCACGCUCCUCCUUCCCUCCGCAUCUCCAGCACCUAGGAGCUCUCUGACAAGACGUUCUUUCCUUUCUGUGGAGGAUGACUCAGACAUCCUCGUCUCACAAGAUAAGUCAUUCGCAUGCGGCUUCUACGAAGUUGGUUCGAAUGCCUUCACCUUCUCAAUCUGGUUCUCCAAAUCAAAGCCCGAGACUGUCGUAUGGACAGCGAACCGUGACAACCCUGUGAAUGGCCAUGGGUCGCGAGUUACAAUGCGCAAGGAUGGGAGCGUGGUUCUAACCGACUAUGAUGACACGGUCGUUUGGAGCACCAACACCGGCUCACCUCAAGCUCACGCGCAGCUUCUCGAUACUGGGAAUUUGGUUGUGAAGGAUCCAGAUGGUACCGUUCUAUGGCAAAGUUUUGAUUAUCCUACUGAUACUCUUCUCCCCAACCAGGCAUUAAAUCAAAAUUCUAGGCUGGUAUCUGCUGCAGCUGCCGGAUCACUAUCUUCAGGCCACUAUAAAUCUUAUUUUGACAGCAAUAAUAUGUUGAUACUCAUGUAUGAUACGCCGGAAUUUGCUAGCGUCUACUGGCCUGAUCCGGCACUAGCACAGUGGGAUACUGGCAGAUCAACCUACAAUAGCAGUAGAUCGGCAGUCCUUGACGACAUGGGGCAGUUCGUGUCGAGCGAUAACUUGGCGUUCAAAGCUUCUGACUGGGGUACAGCGAUUAUUAGGAGGCUGACUCUGGAUUAUGAUGGUAAUCUUAGGCUGUACAGCUGGGACGAGUCGACCAAGACGUGGUCGAUUUCGGGGGUUGCCCUUUCAUCGGUCUGUCAGGUACAUUCGCUGUGUGGUAGGAAUGGAAUCUGUGUCUACACGCCGACGCCCCAAUGUACUUGUCCUCCUGGUUUUGAAGUGAAUGACCCGAGCGAUUGGAGCAAAGGUUGCAAGCGCCAAUACAGCAUCGACUGCCACAAACCUCAUCAGGCUGAAUUUUUGGAGCUUCCCCACACAAAUUUUUGGGGAUCUGAUUUCAAUUUCACUCCUUCCCUGUCAAUUAGGGCAUGCAGGAAGAUUUGCAAAACGGACUGCUCAUGCGAAGCUUUCGGAUAUAAUCAGGAAACCGGAGAAUGUUAUCCAAAAAUUGAGCUCCACAAUGGAAAAAGUUAUCCAGGCCCCGAUGGCACCAUAUUCUUAAAACUUCCGAGAUCUGUCAACACCUCAAAACUCUCUUCUCGUCUUCAAGGCCAUAAGCCUGUUUGCAGUGUCAAAGAAGUGGACAUCGGCAAGGAUAUAAGGCGAAAGAGCAGCAGAGGAAAAAAUUGGGCCUAUUUCUAUUGGUUCGCAUCGGCAUUUUUUGUAAUAGAACUCCUUUUUAUUAUAUUUGGUUGGUGGUUUAUUUUCAGGAGGGAGAAGCAGUCAGCCCCAAUGGAGGAGGGAUAUAGGGCAAUGUCUACUCAAUUUCGAAGAUUCACUUUCAAAGAGCUGAAAAUAGCUACUCGAAACUUCCAGGAAGAGCUCGGGAGGGGAGGUUCGGGAGCCGUGUACAAGGGAGUCUUGGAUGAUGACAGGGUGGCGGCAGUCAAGAAGUUGGAAGAUGUGAUCCAAGGAGAAGAGGAAUUCCACGCUGAACUGAGCCUCAUAGGGAGAAUAUACCACAUGAAUUUAGUGAGAAUGUGGGGAUUUUGUUCAGAACGCUCACACAGGCUCUUAGUUUCUGAGUUCGUCGAGAAAGGUUCGCUGGACAAGAUUUUAUUUCAUGGUGAUGGCUUAGCUAACUUUCUGAGAUGGAGUGAGAGGUUUAAAAUUGCGGUAGGGGUGGCAAAAGGACUGGCCUAUCUUCAUCACGAGUGCCUUGAGUGGGUCAUCCACUGUGAUGUGAAGCCUGAAAAUAUAUUGUUGGGUCAUGAUUUUGAGCCCAAGAUUGCAGACUUUGGACUGGCCAAACUGUUAAAUAGAGGUGGAUCCUUAGAAAACUUAUCACGCAUCCAAGGGACGAGGGGUUACAUUGCUCCAGAAUGGGCUUCGAGUCUUCCAAUCACCGGGAAGGUUGAUGUCUAUAGCUAUGGAGUAGUGCUUCUAGAGUUGGUGAAGGGGGCUAGAGUUUCAGACUGGAUAAUUGGUAGGGGGGAGGAGGUAGAGAUGGUACUGAGGAGGUCACUUGAGUUGCUUAAAAAGAACUUGAAGAGUGGACAAGAGUCAUGGAUUGGGGACUUUGUUGACUCCAGAUUGGAUGGAAAGUUCAACAGCAAUCAAGCAUUAAUGAUGGUGGAGAUAGCAGUCUGCUGCCUCGAAGAGGAGAGAAGCAAAAGGCCAUCCAUGAAAUCUGUAGUCCAAAUGCUCCUUUUAUCUGAUGACGAGCUAAACUCCCAUGCAGCAUCUUUCUAGUAAGUUGGGCAUGAAGCCGUUAAUAUGUGCUCAUAAUAUCAAGUAAUGUAUCUUAGUCUUAGUCGAAAGCAUUCCAUGUAGGAAGCUGCUAAGGCAAAUUAUGAGCUUGUAUAUCCAGCGUUUGUUCUCCUACUUAUAAAGUCGUCUGAAUAUUUAUGUUUGUAGACUUUCUUUAAGUUAACAAGGAAUAAAUGAAGCUAGUAGCAGUAAUUAUCUUCUAA